AUGGCUCCUACUCACACCAGAGACUCCACCUGCUCAGUGCUCUCCUCCAAAGACAGACACAAAUUGAGAAAACCAGCGGUAGAGAAGAUGCGCAGAGACCGCAUCAACAGCUGCAUCGAGCAGCUGAAGACCCUGCUGGAGAAAGAGUUUCAUAAGCAGGACCCCAACGCCAAGCUGGAGAAGGCUGACGUGCUGGAGAUGACGGUGGUGUUUCUGAAGCAGCAGCUGCAGCCUCAGAGCCCGGCUGCUCAGAAGGCUCACAGUGAAGGAUACUCCCGCUGCUGGACAGAGACCCUGCACUUCCUGUCCGCCAACCCGCUGAAGGAUGUGACCUUCCAGCCACUCCAGUACCUUCAUGCUGCCCAGAGAGCUGGCCGGGAUGUCUGCCCCCCCUCUCCCCUCUCCCCCUCCCAGCUCCACAGCCACAGCCUGGUGAAACAUGCUCCCAGCGGCAGCAGACCAGUGUGGAGGCCGUGGUAG